AGAGAGAAACUACAUUUUUGUAAAAAAAAGAGCUUACUUGAACAAGAACAAUGAAACUCUUCUAUGGCUUGAUUUGGACUUUAUUCCAUGUUUGCUGGAUGCUGGAGCAGCCUAAAUUAGUGAUUUCACCUCCUGGUGGCUCAGUGACUGUCCACUGCAAAUAUAGAAGAGGUGAUGAAGAAGCUGUGAAAUACUGGUGCAAAGAAGAAGGGUUUAGAUUCUGUUCUAGUAACCGCACCAUCAGAACAACUGGGUCAGAGAGAGAGGUGAAGCAGAAUGGAAUGUCCAUCAAAGACAACCAUAUACUUCAUGAGUUCAGUGUGGUCAUGGAGAACGUCACUCGCAACGAUGCCGGGACUUACCUUUGUGGGGUGGAAAGGAGAUAUGAUAUCUGGCAGCCAGUGGAAUAUUUAAAGCUUCUGGCCAGUAAGACCAUUCCGGCCAGUCUCGUAGUGCAGGAGAUCUACCAGACACACUUAAGUUAUAUGCAUUUUACUUGUCAUAAUGGAGAUCAAUUUAAAACAGCAUGGUGGAACAUUUCUCUGUUUAGAAAUCAGCCCAGCAGCCUUGAUUCUCAAAUCCUGGUCUUCUUGAAAAUACCCAUCUUUCUAACUAUGCUAGCUGCUAUAGUUUGGGUGCAUAUAUGGUACAGGAGAGGAAAACGCUCCAGUGCCCAGAUUCCAGAGAGUGAAGGAGCAAAAGGAUAACCAAGGACUUCAUUUCCCUCAAUUGCAUCAUUAACUCCCAGAUUUCCAGGUACGUCAGGACAAAAUAAGUGCAGAUGAAGAACCUGACCUUCUGAUUUCACACCCAGGAGAUUCAUGAGUGCUCUAACUAAUGAUGGCUGUAUCCAGCCUCUUCCUGACUACCUUAAGAAAGAGCAGGAGAGAAGAGGAAAAGCUUUUGGUUCAUUUACAUCAUUCAAAUGGUAAAUCAGCACUGAAAGUCAGAUCAGUUAAACAGGAAUCAGAGAAAAUGCAUAGCAGAGGUUGAAACAUUCAUCCUUCCUUGCCAAAGGACUCCUUUACCCUUGCUUGUUUCCCUCUUUCAUCUGCUGAGCUCAUCUUCCAUGGUCUGCAGCUGCAGUGCCCUUCAUCUAUUGAUUGCUGGUGUCACAAGCUAUGAUGUACUUUACUGGGGCAGUAAGAAUAUCCACACACAAAUGCAUACUUCUUUCUUUUCCACAAAAGUGCCAGUAGGUUUGAAAUCAUAUACUACUAUUUGUAUUUUACCACAUCAACGCUAUCCUAGAAUGGUUGAGGGCUUCUGGUGGUCCUUCCUAAAUGUGUCGUGGUGUUCUUCUGUAAGUUGUAGGCACUGGGGAAAAACAGCCCUCCCCCCACGCCCAUAUGUCAUUUUUGGAUUAA